GAGGCGUGGCUGGAUUUUGUCGCGACUCUCCUCAUGAACCACUGCAACAUCAGCCGGUCUGUUGAACUGUUGGUCCCUUCACCGUCACUCCUUCAGUCGUUAUUGUUUCUCACUGCAUUUAACCAAGUCGUUCAUUACUCCGUACUCAUAUACGAGACAGUCGCCAUCGCCUGAGCGCGUUCCUUCCGUCGUCGUCAUCAUCGUCGUCACCACCUUCCCACAUUACAAACUUUGAUCGCUCCUGCUAUCAAAAUGCAUUCCAUCUUGUUGGGCUUCGCCGUGACUGGCUUGGCUUCGUUUGCUCAUGCAUACACCAAACCCACCACCAACACCUGGGGCCCGCUGUUGACUCCAGACUUGACCAGCCCCGUGACUCAAGGCGAGACGUACAAGGUCACAUGGGAUCCAGAAGACCAUGAUACCGACGGAGUCACUGUCAGUCUCGUCCUCUGCCAUGGCCCCUCGUCCAACUGCGUUCCCUUUGACGAUGCCAUUGUUGAAGGGGUUCCUGCGGCCAGAAAGUUCUUUGAUUGGACCGUCCCUUCGGAUCUGGCUCCUGGUAAACAGGCCACCGACACCGGCUACGGCAUGUUGAUCAUUGUCGACGGCACGGGCGAGUUCCAAUACUCAACUCAAUUCUCCGUUUUGGCUGGCAAGGGCAGUUCCGACACCACAUCAUCAUCCAAGCCCUCAACCACAUCGGCUCCUGUUUCCUCCUCGACUAAUAGCGGCAUCAUUCUUGAACCCCCAGUGACUACAAACUGGGACAAGACUACCACCGCUUCCACCGACGUUCCACAUGGUCCGACCAAGUCUUCUGCAGAACCCUUGACGACAGCUUCUGGUGGUCCACCAGGGCCCAAGCCCACCGGGGAUUCCUUCACUUACGAUGGGACCACCUACACCACCUUCACCCCAGUGGCCACCACAUCAAUGGAUGUGACUGCUGCGGGCGCUACAAGUGGCACCACGACUGCGACUGCAUCUCAGGUUUCUGCAUCUUCCUUCGAAGGCGGUGCCCCCAGACUCGGUUCCAGCAUGGCUGGUCUCAUGGCUGUCGCUGGAUUUGCUGUGUUGGCAUUGUAAGGAGUGUCGGAUGCAGAGCAGAGCACAAUUGGGCCAGGUUCGAAAUUGAUAAUGACAUUAAUUUAGCCAUGGACUUGCGAAGUCGUUGCUCGAGGAUGGUUGGAUCAACUGGACGUAGUCACGACAGCUUGUCUGACCAUGGUCCAGACGGUUGGAGCAUAGAUGUCAUCUUCAUAGCGUGCAUAUGUAUAAUAACAGAUCCUUGUUGGGAUGACUUUGAUAUCUACAGAUAAAUCCGAGAAUAUAGAGGUUAGAUCUGGCAUCUAAUAGCGUCCACUUGUCGGGACGAU